CGUUAUGUACUAUUCAUGUUACCGCGCAAUCCACCCGUGACGCGCUCAGCGCCUGUUCGGGAGCGGAAGGGUCGCCGGUGGAAGCGGGGAACCCGCGUUCACAGAGCGCCUUCCCUGGGCGCCUAGAUCAGACACAGCGGAAACCCUAAGGAGCCUACGAGACCUUCAGCAUCGUCUCCGUCUGUCCGGCCGGAAGAGAGAGUGCUGGUCCAGGCAGGGUCACAGCUGAAGCUGCCGAGUAUCGCGUCGAGGGCCGCACGCAGGGCUUGGACUUUGCGCUGUGAAGACAUCCUGAGCCCACUUGCUCUUGGGUGUCUAUGAGACAGAUGCCAGCUGUGUCUUCCAGGGCAUUGCUAUGGUAAGAAUUUUUUUAUACUCUGCUCUGUCCACACAGGGACUGCUGUUGUCUCUGAGCACUGAUUCUGUAGACGUGUGUAACAAUGACGGAGGCAUGGCAGCAGCAUACUGUGACCCAGCCUGUGGUGCACACCAUACCCCCGGGAACAGAGAAUGCACUGGGCUGUGCUGUGUAUGGCAUCGUCCUGCAGCCUGAUGCCACCCUUCAGCAGCAGCAGCAGCAGACACAGCCACAGCAGCCCUCCCUACAGGUAGGGGGCGAUGGAGGGCACAAGUGUGGAGCCUGUGGCCACGACAUCUCUCACCUGGCUAACCCUCACGAGCACCAGUGUAUGGUGAGUCAGGAUCGCUCGUUCCAGUGCACCCAGUGCCUGAAGAUCUUCCACCAGGCGACGGACCUGCUGGAGCACCAGUGUGUGCAGGUGGAGCAGAAGCCUUUUGUGUGUGGCGUGUGCAAGAUGGGCUUCUCACUGCUCACAUCGCUGGCUCAGCACCACACCGCACACAGUGGCAGCAACCCCAUCAAGUGCUCCAUCUGCGAGAAGACGUAUCGGCCAAGCUCCUCGGGCAGUGCCACACCCACAUCAUCUGGCGCGAACCCCCAGCAGCCGUCAAGUGAGGCGGCAACAAGCGGCACUGCCCUAGGCACGCCCUCUGUGGUGGACCGGCCAUAUAAGUGCUCAGUAUGUCAGAAAGGCUUCCGGCACCUGUCAGAGCUGUCACGGCAUGAGCGCGUGCACACGGGCGAGCGGCCUUACAAGUGUGCCACCUGCGACAAGAGCUUCAGCCAGUCGUCACACCUUGCACACCACCAGCGCACGCACAGCUCGGAGCGCCCCUACAAGUGCGCUGCCUGCGACAAGAGCUUUAAACACCGCUCGCACCUGGUGCGCCACAUGUACGCCCAUGCUGGCGAGCACCUGUUCCGUUGCAAUUUGUGCGAGAUGCAUUUCAAGGAUUCAUCAGAGCUUCUGCACCACCAGUGUCAGCCGGCUGGCGAGAGGCCCUUCCGCUGUGCCACCUGUGCCAAGGGCUUCAAGCGCCCAUCGGACCUGCGGCAGCAUGAGCGCACGCACUCGGAGGAGCGGCCCUUUCAGUGCGACGAGUGCCAGAUGAGCUUCAAGCAGCAAUACGCACUGGUGCGCCACCGCCGAACUCACAAGGCACCUGCCGAACGCCCCUUCAAGUGUAACCUGUGUGACAAAGGGUUCCUGCAACCAUCGCACUUGCUCUACCACCAGCAUGUACAUGGCAUCGAGAGCCUCUUCAAGUGCGCCUCUUGCCAGAAGGGCUUCAGCCAGUCGGGUGACUUACUGCGGCACAAGUGUGCUGGUGGUAGCAGCACAGCAGCCGAGGCUGAGCGGCCCUACAAGUGCGACGUGUGCGGCAAAGGCUACAAGAAGCCAUCAACAUUGCAACGGCACCAGAGCGCACACUGUGGAGAGAAGCCACUUAAGUGCUCACUGUGUGACCGUCGUUUCCUGUCUUCCUCGGAGUUUGUACAGCACCGCUGCGAUCCAGCCCGAGAGAAGCCGCUGAAGUGCCCCGACUGCGACAAGCGCUUUAAGUACUCAUCAGACCUGCAGCGGCACCGGCGUGUGCACACAGGUGAGAAGCCCUUCAAGUGCCCCAGUUGUGACAAGGGCUUCAAGCAGCGUGAGCACCUUGCAAAGCACCAGAGCGUACACGCACGCGAUGCCCAGUUCAAGUGCGUGUGGUGCGGUGAGCGCUUCGGUGACCUAGGGGCGCUGCAGGAGCAUACGGUCCAGCACACGGCUGAGGGUGGUAGUUACACUGUGCCGUCUUGCAUACAGUAGCAAUGCCCUUGUGCUCCGGACAUACAGACGCACACUUUUGAUCACCUGAUCUGUGUUCUGCUGGUGCCAUCUGGUGGAUGGAGGUAACACAACACCAUGGAGGGGUGUGGAGUGAGGGGGACUCAUCUCUCACACUGUUAAAUAAUAACUGACAUUUCAUGAUAUGAACAUGGCAGAUAUUUAAACAUCUGAAGUGCUGUCACCAUGGAAACAGCAAUGCUUACCAAAUUCUAUACUUUACAGCAUCUGACAUGAACAAAAACUAAAUGAGCUAAUGGGUCAAGGAGUCCCUGUUUUUUUUUUUUUUUUUUUUUUAUUAUUAUUUUUCCCCUCAUUGGCUGCAUAGACGGAACACGUACGUGAAUCUGUGUGUAUAUCUGUGUGUUGAUGCGUGUUGAAUCAUGGCGAAUCAUUCUGUCAUUGGGAGAAAUUAUCUCCUGCUAGGAAACCUGCCAAGGAUCUCUGUUAUUACUGUAUCUACGUAGUGUGUUACAGCUGUGCUCACACUGCUGUAGUCAUCUCUUGCUGUUUAGGACCCUUCCAGUCCCAACCUCUUCCCCUACCUUGGUUCCUUUAUACAUGUGGCAUUUUGGGGGCAGUGGCUGUCCUAGGAGGGAGUGUCACAGUUCAUCAUGUCUCCUUCCACACUCCAGCAGUAACGCAUCAUAAACCUUCCAGUAGUUUGCUCUGUGCAGCGUUGCUCCUUCAGCCCCCCUCCUGCACCCUGUACCCCCGCUAGACAGGAGACAGGACCUCAGUCAGCACACUUAGACAAGACAGCAGAGUGUCCCUUGGUGGACGUCCUGGAACUUGAGAAUGCAGAACAUAAAACAGGUUAGGUCAAGAUUGCGACAGUUGUCAUCUUUUUUCUUUUUCAUGUUAGAACUGAUGUCUGAUGUUUUGUGCAGUGUUUACUGAAGUGGUUCUCUAUCUUUGGGCUGUAUGAAAUAUUAUUCAUCUGCCGUGGUUAGAUGUGUGGAGGCAGCAGUGUGUGAGUGCCACAAAGAUAUGUUCUGUGAAACACAGUAGUGACUAGGGUCAGAGGUCAUUCCCUCACUCACUGUCUCGUACAUUCUACGACUAAUACUAGUAAAGGUUGCUGUGAAACAACUAUAUGAUAAUUUACAAUCAGUAAUGAAAUGUAAAUAAUGAAAAAUAUGGGACUCAAGACACAAAUUCCUUAUAAUGGUUUAAGUGGGAUCUUUUGUUUAUGGUUACAGGAAAUGUUUUUCUAGUAGCUUUUUCCAUGUGUUUCCCCUUCCACAUGUGCUAUGAUGUGCAGGGGGCCACUGCUGUGGCAGAAUGGAGGGAAUGUGAGUCUCUGUGCCAAUGCCUUAGACAUGGGGUCGAGACCUCCAGUGUUGGACUGUUUUGUUGGAUCUUCUGUGCUUUUAUUUGUCCUUUUAUUGGUGUCUGGUUUUCCUGAGGUUGUCAUGAAAUAUUCGAGUUUUUAACCUAACACUACAAUUACGAUUGUUAGAUAUAAAACAAGAUGUUUCGUUAUAUGUAAGUUUGUGUGUAUUUUUUAUUUUUGAUAUUUUAAUGUAUUCUUUUCUAUAAAUGAUUAUAUAUGCGAAGCAGAAA